AUGCCUAAUAUGAAUGAGACCAAAAAGGCCCUAUUGAAGUCAUUUAUUGGAAGCAAUAUAGUUGCAUUAGGUGCCGGCACACCAUAUAUAUAUUCAUAUUAUGCCCCAAGACUAUUAGAGAGAUGUAAUAUUCCAAUAUCGAAAAGUAGUUCCAUAUCGUUUUCACUUAAUAUUGGUAGUUCGUUGUUAGCAAUAUUCGCCGGCAUGGUCAUUGACUACAACCCUGCAAUAUCAUGCCUAAUUGGCGGAAUCAUGACGUUUAUAGCAUAUGGUAUUUUACAUAUAUGCCAUGAGAAGGCUUUGUCUAACCCAUAUAUAAUCUGUUUUGCUCUAGUUUUGGUAGGGUUUGGAUCAAUAUCUGGGUUCUUUGCAGGUGUAAAAGUAUGCACCGCAAAUUUCCCUAGGAACAGAGGUACAGCUACUGCAUGUCCAAUUUCAUUAUAUGCCUUAUCUGGUAUGAUAUUUUCCACAAUUUGUGCAAAACGGUUUGGUGAUGAUAUGCUUGGUGUCUUUAGAUUUCUCCAAAUCACAUGUACGGUCAUGAUAUUAGUUGGCACUUUUACUUUAAAGAUUGUAGCGGUUUCACUUGAAGAUGAAGAGCCAAAGGAUAACUUAAAUGAAGACGUUGAACGUGAUAAUUAUAACUUCAACAAUAUAUAUGCUGGAGGAGUACCUUUGGAGAGUAGCAUUUCUGUAGAUCAAAUCACAGAAGGGGAAAGAAUUAAAACAAAUUAUACAAAUGAGCACUCACGCUCGAAAAGUGAUAUGAUUUAUAACAACAAACACUCAUUGGUUGAAAUGUCAAAUGAUAUGUUUGAGGAUUCAAGAAUUAAUGUCACAACUUUUAUUUCCAAUCAUGAAGAAGAUUCUAAUAACAAUAUCAUUUCACAGCGUAAUUCACUCACUGUAGAACACAGAGGAACCGAUUUGCAAAGUGAAACAAGCAAUACCACUCCAUUCAGGGGUAAUACCCCACUUGAGGAACAUGAAGAGGAGGAACCAACUUCAGUAAGAAAUAUCUCGACCAAUUUACUAUUAAAUUUACAGAAUAACAAAGUUGUUCAGACAAUAAUAGAUCCAAAGUAUUUAGUCUAUUAUGCAAUUUUAGCCAUUCAAAUGGGUAUUGGACAAAUGUAUAUCUAUUCUGUCGGGUUUCUGGUACAAGUUCAGGUCAAUACUCCACCAAUCUCGGACUAUAAUUUGGAUACAGCCAAGUUACAGGCCUUCCAAAUAUCUAUGUUUGCGAUCUUCUCAUUCUGUGGAAGAUUAACUUCUGGUCCAGUCUCAGAUAUUUUAGUUCGAAAAUUUAAAUGUCAGAGAUUAUGGAAUAUUUUCCUUGCAAGUUUUUUAGUAUUGUUAGCAUCACACUUUAUUACAUACAGCUAUAAAGUUGAUGAAUAUGAAUCACGAAAAAAUGACAGUAUCCCAUCGAUUAAAAAUAUUUCUAUUUGUACUACUGCAUUCGGAUAUGCAUUCGGAAUAAUUUUUGGGACAUUCCCAUCAAUUAUAGCCGAUACAUUUGGUACUGAUAGUUUCAGUACUAUUUGGAGUAUCUGUACUACAGGUGGUGUAUUUACAGUUAAAUUUUUCACUAGUAUCUUAGCUCACGAUCUUUCAUCAAACUCUAACAGAGAUGAAACUGUGUGUAAAUUAGGCACUACAUGUUAUCAACACACUUUCAACACGAUCUUCGACAUAUGUCUAGUAGGCAUUACGUUAACUGGAAUGAUGAUAUUUGGGUCAUACUGGGAAAAUCAGAAGAAAAUCUCAAAUCAAAGCCCAGAUGGCACUGAAACUAUACAGUUACAAUUGGAACAAUGUCAUGCAGAUGCUAUACUAUAA